AUGGCUUUCCUGGGUUUGAUGACAAAUUUUGCUGCUUUGACCUUUUGUGUCUUAGUCUUAGUAACUCAUAAUUAUCAAGCCCAGGCUUCGACUCUUGUUGGUAAGAAAAAUAUUCAAUCUUCUUCAAACGGUUUAUGUGCUUCUUCCGUCACUAUCCAUGGCUACAAAUGCCAAGAAUAUGAAGUUACAACUGGAGCUGGAUAUAUUCUUAGUGUUCAAAGGAUUCCAGAAGGUCGAUCUCAAGUUAGUGGCAAUGUUACUAAGAAGGAACCAGUGGUUGUACAACAUGGGGUUUUAGUGGAUGGAUCAACAUGGUUUAUGAACAGUCCAGAGCAAAACCUGCCUAUGAUUCUUGCUGAUAAUGGCUUUGAUGUGUGGGUUGUUAAUACAAGAGGAACCAAAUUUAGCCGCAAACACACUUCCCUAGACACCUCGAACGAGGGAUAUUGGGCUUGGUCUUGGGAUGAAUUGGUUACUGAUGAAAUGCCAGCUAUUUUUGAUUUUGUCUCCAAAAAUACAGGGGGACAGAAAAUAAAUUAUGUUGGCCAUUCUUUGGGGACUUUGGUAGCUUUGGCAUCAAUGGCAGAGGGUAGAUGGACAAAAGAUAAUGUGAAGUCAGUAGCAUUGUUGAGUCCUAUUGCCUAUUUGACUAGAAUGACAACUCCAAUAGGAGCUAUUGCUGCAAGAACCUUACUCGCCGAGGGCUAUACUUUUCUGGGCAUUCCUGAAUUUGAUCUCAAAGCGUAUCCUAUUCUUGAAUUCUUUAAGGGUGUUUGUGCUAAUCCUGGAGUAAACUGUGAUGACUUGUUUACCGCAGCAACAGGUGAAAAUUGUUGCUUACAACAAUCAACUUUUAAUCAAUUCAUGGAGGUUGAACCACAAUCAUCUUCAACAAGGAACAUGUUUCAUUUAGCUCAGACCGUUCGAAGUGAUACCUUGACGAAAUUUGACUUUUUUAGACCAGACUUGAACAUGUUGCAUUAUGGACAACUAUUUCCUCCCGAAUACGACCUCACAAAAAUUCCUAAAGACAUUCCAAUUUUCAUGAGCUAUGGUGGUAAAGACGCGCUUUCUGAUGUCGCCGAUGUUAAAAAAUUACUCAGAUAUUUUGAGAACCAUGAUGCAAACAAGCUUAGUGUUCAGUUCAUUGCUAACUAUGCUCAUGCUGAUUACAUGAUGGCUUAUAAUGCCAAAGACUUAGUGUACAACAAUGUUACAUCAUUUUUCAAGCGUCAAUGGUGAUAAU